AUGUCUCUCGAGUGGAAUGAAGAGCAGACCCGUUUCCUCAUUGACGAACGUAAAACUGGUAAUGAAGUCUACCAUAAAACCCCUAAAUGUAGCAAGACAGACUUCUGGAAGGAGAUAUCAAACAAGCUUAACGAAAAUAAUAACACGAAUUAUUUUACCGGAGAAGCCUGUAAUAAGAAAUUCCUUUCCCUAACUCGAGCUUAUUAUGUGAGAGCACAACAGCAUCCCAAUACAGUAACGCCAUCAUCAUCAUCUAACACGCCGAGUAGAAGACAACCAUCAAGAAUUCCUCGAUCUCCUAAUAGAUCACGUCCAACAACACCCUCUAUAUCAAGACCACCUUCUUCUGGUUCCAGACACGUGACGCCCUCAUUUUUUCAGAGCGCUGAAACGAUUAAUAUUUAUAUUAAUUAUAAUGAGCCGGAUCGAGAGUGAUUUUAUAGUUUGCUAUUCUGUAUUAAAGCGGGAUUUUUUCAUAUCUGUAAAUAGCUAUAUUAGUUUAGUAAAUUUUGUAUUUUUUCAUGACUGUAAGUGCGAUGCAG